GUGCGUCGCUCUCCGCUGAUUGGAAGGAGCUCCGUGGGGCUGUUGCGAGUCAGCCCGGGAAGGCCUGAGAGCACUGAAAGGCUAGCUAUCGCCCCCUGGAGCUUGGUAGGAUAAUGGCAGGUAGGAGUGUUAACAGGCGUCCCUGGAGGUGGUAGCUGGGUAUUACCGUCGCUCCGACCGAAAGGGGAUUUCGAGGGAGAGCAAUAGAGACGUGAUCUGGGCUAGAGGGGCCGGAGGUCGAUAGAUUGAGUGGCUAGAGAGGCCGGAGGUAAGGGGCUGUAGAAGUCGGGCGGACCCGGAAUCCAGAGGAAACGGGACCAUGACUUAUGCUUAUCUCUUCAAGUACAUCAUCAUCGGGGACACAGGUGUGGGGAAGUCAUGUCUCCUCCUACAGUUUACAGACAAGAGGUUCCAGCCUGUCCACGACCUCACAAUAGGUGUGGAGUUUGGGGCCCGUAUGGUCAACAUUGAUGGAAAACAAAUCAAACUGCAAAUCUGGGAUACGGCUGGACAAGAAUCCUUCCGUUCUAUCACCCGUUCCUACUACAGGGGAGCAGCCGGAGCACUGCUGGUGUACGACAUUACAAGGCGUGAAACCUUCAACCACCUGACCUCGUGGUUAGAGGAUGCCCGGCAGCACUCUAGCUCCAACAUGGUUAUCAUGCUGAUUGGGAAUAAGAGUGACUUAGAAUCCCGUAGGGAUGUGAAGAGAGAAGAGGGAGAGGCCUUUGCUCGGGAACAUGGACUUAUAUUCAUGGAAACGUCAGCCAAAACAGCCUGCAAUGUUGAAGAGGCCUUCAUUAACACAGCCAAAGAAAUAUAUAGGAAGAUCCAGCAGGGUUUAUUUGAUGUCCACAAUGAGGCAAAUGGCAUCAAGAUUGGCCCCCAGCAGUGUAUUUCAACAUCAGUGGGACCCAGUGCCUCCCAGCGGAGCUCUCGUGACAUGGGGUCCGACUCUGGCUGCUGCUGAACAUCUGGCCUGGACUCUUUUUUCCUUCCUGGAACAGCUUCAGAUCAAUAGGCUUAAAGAAAGAGGUCUUACUUGCUUUGGCUGAGAAAAGCCUCUUUUUAAGGUGUGAUGUUUUUGCCUUUCCACUUAAAGACCAGGGGAGAAUUUGGGCCCUUAUUGACCUGUCCUUCUUCAGGGACGUGAGCAUUCCCUAUAGAUUAGGGCUCUUUUCAUCCUUCUAUUUUAAUUUCUAAAAUGUUAGGAUCAAAGCUGAUUGUCAUGGUAGUUCAAAAAUAAAUUCUUUUAUAAGCAUAUACAAUCUACUCCCCACCAAGAAUUAGUAACAACGGUCUAGGACCUUCUGCUUGAGCACUUGAGAUUACUGGGAUCCGGCUGGCCUUUUGACCGUAGAUCCUCAGUCUUGGGAUUUCAUUGAAUUUUUUCACUUGCCACGUCAUAAGAUGUGUUGCAGAUAGCAGUUCCUUCUACUUGAACUGCUCAAGGAUGCUGAAUACUUCUCCAUCAUCCCAUUGCUAGUUUCUCUGUCUUAGAGUAACUACAAAAUUUUGAAAGCAGUGGAGUUGCUCCUGGACCUGUAGCCACUUACUAUCAUUACCUAGAGAAAACAUCUUUGCCUGUUCAUUUUGUUUUAGGGACCAGACCUAACAUUAGUAAGUCAGUGUCUUUCACCAAAUAGACUCCUGCUGUUUCCUCACACACACUUCUUAAGGAGACCUAUUUAGACUUUCUACUGUAGUCAAGCUAAUCUGCUUACUGGACAUGACAUAUUUGCUUCCACUCCUAUGCCUUUGCACAUGCCCUACUCUCCACUGACAUUAUAUUCAAAGUCCACAUUUUUUUCCUUCAGAACGCCUUCUUCGACUGACCUAGGGACUUCUGAACAAUUAUUGACAUAGUACCUUUUAGCUUUCAUAUAUUGUUUAUUCAUAUGUAUAUUUAUUUGUAUUUAUGUUACUUUGUAAAUAUGUUUUAUAGUAGCUUUGUGUGUGGAACCUGUCUCCCCAUGUAGGUUGUAAGCUCCUUGAGAGUAGGAACCGUGUUAAACCUUUUAGUUUUGUAAACCGCUUCCUCCACCAUUCCUUCACAGUGCCUAGUGCUACUCCUGUGAUCACUGAAUUUGACUGACAUACCUAAAGACCUGGAACAGGUUUAUCUUAGGCUGCAGAGGAAACAAAAGGCCUUAGAGUCAUCUCUUUGUAACUCUAUCUCAAUCUCUUCCACCUGCUUACCCUGGAUUCUGUACUGCUCUUCUUCCUCUCCUUUCUCUCCCUUCCCUGGCUCUUCACCUCCAUUCCAUGCAGCAUACACUAAGGCUGCCUGCUUCCAAGCAGUCAAAUGAGUGGAUACUUCUCCAGCCAUUCUCCUUUUCAAGAGCAUAUAAUACUAUCCUAGUCAGCUUUGCCUUAGCUUCACUCAUCAUGCAGCCUUCUGGGCCAGUUGCUAUAUCAUUUUGACUUGAUGUCCCGUUCUCUUCCACAGCACUGAGGUCUCGUGAAUUUUCCUCAUUGUUUUUGUUGAUGAUGAAUUGUUUCAUAAUUAAAUAUAUGCAUGUAUCCAAGCUACU